AUGACAAACCAGGACGAAACCUUGCUGGAAACAUGGGAACGAGUGCUCCGGAUAUCAGAACUCAUGGAGAAUCUUUCUGUCCGUCUGCAGGCUAUGACGGAGGAGUUUCGAGGCACAAUUUCAGAAGAAACAAAUGAAAUGGAUGGCGACGUGAGUGUAACCGGACCAGCCAUUGUACAGUCAUGUGCAUACCGGGAUUCGAUCGUAUGCCCUCAGUCCUGCCAGGCUGUUCCUGAGGACCCCUUCGGAGACGACAAAGAAAUCAGCAUUGCUUCGGGGUCUGCUGAAGAUUUCCAGCUCAACGACUUCUACAACCAGGUAUCUCCGAAACGUGGUUUCCCGUACGCUCGGUCCAAGCGGCUCACUUCAUUGCUGUUGACAGUCUGUCCUCCCAUAGAGUGCGAUGCACCCAAAGCAGACAAGGACGGCCGAUUCUGGCAAUCUCCCACACCUAUAUCUGGCAGACUGGAAUUAUUCGCUGACCCAGUUCAGGCACAACUUCGUCACCAGUGGCUUUCGUGGUUCUUCGGAGAAGAUUACGAAGACGAAGAGUUUGAUUACACUCCAACCCCUCGUGACGCGACGGUUGACGAUUACGACUGCGGGAAUCUUUUUGGGGAAGGAGAAAUCGAAGACAAAGAAUCUUCUAGGUACGCUGGUUGGGAAGGACUUCCUAGUCCUGUGACUCCCUUGUGUAGGCCAUCGACAGCUCUCAUCUAG